AUGACUCAGGCGCUGGAGGCGGGUCAUCAGCGGCUGAGGGACAGUGGCCGCCCAGGCCUGCAUUUUCACGGCUCAGAGCUGCAUCCUGAGCUGGUGACCACCGUGCCGUCUCUGGCGCCGGCGGGCCGGGCCGGGCUCUCAGGGAGGCUCAGAGAAACUCCAGCGGCCGCCGGGGAGGGAUUGGGUGGCAUGGAGUCAGGGGAACUGGCGCCAGCUGCUCUGGGUUCCUGCAUUCCGCCGGGCCUGACCAUAGCCCAGACGUGUUCGUUCCUGCCCCAGCGGAUGCUUGCUGAGUGCGUGAGUGCUUGGCGCUGCCUGGGCCCUCCUGCCUGGAUGCAGGACUCCUCUUCAGGCUGUCCUCCAGGGCUCACGGCCCUGAUGGCCUUUGGAAUGCAGCUGCCGGCUGCUUUUCCCUCAACAGGCGAUGGCUUUCCCCGAGAAAACAGUCCCUUCAUUGGUGGCAUGGAGGUGGAGAGGGAGAGCUUCUUUGAAGGAAAGAACAUGGCGCUGUUUGAGGAGGAGAUGGACAGCAACCCCAUGGUGUCCUCGCUGCUCAACAAGCUGGCCAACUACACCAACCUGAGCCAGGGCGUGGUGGAACAUGAGGAGGACGAGGAGAGCCGAAGGCGCGAGGUCAAGACCCCGCGCAUGGGCACCUUCAUCGGUGUGUACCUGCCCUGCCUGCAGAAUAUCCUGGGUGUCAUCCUGUUCCUGCGCCUGACAUGGAUCGUGGGGGCGGCUGGCGUCCUGGAGUCCCUCCUCAUCGUGUCCAUGUGCUGCACCUGUACCAUGCUGACGGCCAUCUCCAUGAGUGCCAUCGCGACCAACGGUGUGGUCCCAGCCGGUGGCUCCUACUACAUGAUUUCGCGGUCCCUGGGGCCCGAGUUUGGCGGUGCUGUCGGCCUCUGCUUCUACCUGGGCACGACGUUCGCGGGGGCCAUGUACAUCCUGGGGACCAUUGAGAUCUUCCUGACCUACAUCUCGCCCAGCGCAGCCAUCUUCCAGGCGGACACGACCGGCGAGGCGGUGGCCCUGCUGCAUAACAUGCGCGUAUAUGGCACGGGCACGCUGCUGCUCAUGGCCCUGGUGGUCUUCGUGGGCGUCAAGUACGUCAACAAGUUGGCCCUGGUCUUCCUGGCCUGUGUCGUGCUGUCCAUCCUGGCCAUCUAUGCCGGUGUCAUCAAGUCUGCCUUUGACCCCCCUGACAUCCCGGUCUGUCUCCUCGGGAACCGCACGCUGUCCCGGCGCGGCUUUGACACCUGCACCAAGGUGCUGGAUGCCCACAACGGCUCGGCCGCCACAGCGCUCUGGGGCCUCUUCUGCAACAGCUCUCAGCCUGGCGCCGCCUGUGAUGAGUACUUCACCCAGAACAACCUCACCGAGAUCCAGGGCAUCCCGGGCGUGGCCAGUGGCGUCCUCCUGGAUAACCUGUGGAGUGCAUACGCAGACAAAGGGGCGUUCGUGGAGAGGAAGGGCGUGCCCUCGGUGCCUGCGCCGGAUGAAAGCCGCACCAGCACGCUGCCCUACGUGCUCACGGACAUUGUGACCUGCUUCACGCUGCUGGUCGGCAUCUACUUCCCCUCUGUGACCGGCAUCAUGGCAGGCUCGAACCGGUCCGGGGACCUCAAGGAUGCCCAGAAGUCCAUCCCCACGGGGACCAUCCUGGCCAUUGCCACCACGUCCUUCAUUUAUCUGUCUUGCAUCGUGUUGUUUGGGGCCUGCAUCGAGGGCGUGGUCCUGCGUGACAAGUAUGGGGAGGCCCUGCAGGGGAACCUGGUCAUCGGCAUGCUGGCCUGGCCGUCCCCCUGGGUGAUUGUCAUCGGCUCCUUCUUCUCCACCUGUGGCGCUGGCCUGCAGAGCCUCACGGGGGCGCCCCGCCUGCUGCAGGCCAUCGCCCGCGACGGCAUCGUGCCCUUCCUACAGGUGUUCGGCCACGGGAAAGCCAAUGGGGAGCCCACGUGGGCACUGCUGCUGACGGUCCUGAUCUGCGAGACUGGCAUCCUCAUUGCCUCUCUGGACAGCGUGGCCCCCAUCCUGUCUAUGUUCUUCCUCAUGUGCUACCUGUUCGUAAACCUGGCGUGUGCCGUGCAGACGCUGCUGCGCACCCCCAACUGGCGCCCGCGCUUCAAGUACUACCACUGGACCCUGUCCUUCCUGGGCAUGAGCCUGUGCCUGGCACUGAUGUUCAUCUGCUCCUGGUACUACGCCCUCUGUGCCAUGCUCGUCGCCGGCUGCAUCUACAAGUACAUCGAGUACCGUGGGGCCGAGAAGGAGUGGGGUGAUGGCAUCCGGGGCCUGUCGCUGAAUGCCGCCCGCUAUGCCCUGCUGCGUGUGGAGCACGGCCCUCCCCACACCAAGAACUGGAGGCCUCAGGUGCUGGUGAUGCUGAACCUGGACGCUGAGCAGUGUGUGAAGCACCCCCGUCUGCUGUCCUUCACAUCCCAGCUAAAGGCCGGCAAAGGCCUGACCAUCGUGGGCUCGGUGCUGGAGGGCACCUACCUGGACAAGCACGCAGAAGCACAGCAGGCCGAGGAGAACAUCCGGGCCCUGAUGAGCACUGAGAAGACCAAGGGCUUCUGCCAGCUGGUGGUGUCUUCCAGCCUCCGCGAUGGCAUGUCCCACCUCAUCCAGUCGGCCGGCCUGGGUGGCAUGAAGCACAACACGGUGCUCAUGGCCUGGCCCGAGUCCUGGAAGCAGGAGGACAACCCCUUCUCCUGGAAGAACUUCGUGGACACCGUCCGCGACACCACCGCGGCGCAGCAGGCCCUGCUGGUGGCCAAGAACGUGGACAUGUUCCCGCCCAACCAGGAGCGCUUCGGCGAGUUCACUGUGGCGCAGGAGGACGACAACAGCAUCCAGAUGAAGAAGGACUUGCAGGUGUUCCUGUACCACCUGCGUCUCAGCGCCGAGGUGGAGGUGGUGGAGAUGGUGGAAAAUGACAUUUCUGCAUUCACCUACGAGAAGACACUGAUGAUGGAGCAGAGAUCACAGAUGCUGAGGCAGAUGCAGCUGUCCAAGAGUGAGCGUGAGAGAGAGGCCCAGCUCAUCCACGACAGGAACACCGCAUCCCACACCGCGGUGGCUGCCCGGACCCAGGCCCUGCCCACACCAGACAAGGUGCAGAUGACAUGGACACGGGAGAAGCUGAUCGCAGAAAAGCACAAGAACAGGGACGUGGGCACAGCGGGAUUCAAGGACCUCUUCAGCCUGAAGCCAGAAUGGGGAAACCUAGACCAGUCCAACGUCCGGCGCAUGCACACAGCCGUGCGGCUGAACGGCGUGGUCCGCGAUAAGUCCCAGGACGCCCAGCUGGUCCUGCUGAACAUGCCGGGCCCGCCACGGAACCACCAGGGGGAUGAGAACUACAUGGAGUUUCUUGAAGUCUUGACCGAGGGACUGAACAGAGUCCUCCUGGUCAGGGGCGGCGGCCGGGAGGUGAUCACCAUCUAUUCCUAA